ACAUUUACCGCUUGCCGUUAAUUUGCAUGUAUCACAGUGUCACACGGCUACCCGCGUUUUCUCAGUUUCAACGUUUAGACCUCCUAGUAAGACGCCAGAACAAUGGAUUUGAUACAAGAUCCUGUAAUGAAAAAAUUUAUACAGGGUGAACAACAGAAACAGAAGUUUCAGGACACAGUUAAACAACUGACUGAAGAAUGUUUCGAUUUUUGUGUCACUUCACCAGGUAGCAAACUAGGAUCCUCUGCAGAGCAUUGUAUUGUAAACUGUGUAGAACGAUUCAUUGAUACCACAAACUUUGUUGCCAAUCGUAUACAGCGGUCUGCUCAGUCAUCAAGUUCUUCCUCCGGCUUUGUCUGAUUCUGUUGUCUUAAUGAACUGCUGUUCACAUAUUCAUAUAAUAAAAUAUUCAUGAAUCUUAA